AUGUUCCACAGCAACCGCUCAGCGCGAGGCACGUCUUCAACCAUGCCCAUGGUCUCCGAGAACCUGCGAUCGCCCAACGCCAUCCCACCUCGAACCUCUUCCACAGGCCAGAAUGGCAUCAAUCACGUAGCUUCGAAACCAGUACUUCGACCUGUCCCCGAGGGCGACUGGAUCAGCCAGAGGAAGCGCGAUUUGAAUACCACCCCCAUCAACCCUACCAUUCAACCCGCCGGCCCACCUGACCCCUCGAAAUACCACAAGAACGACAUGGCAUUCCAUGGGAAAGGAAGUUGGUCAGAUGAGAAGGAGUCGGUGCUGCUGGGACCAUAUGAAUAUCUAUUUGCACACCCAGGGAAGGACAUCAGAGCUCAGGCGAUCGCAGCUUUCAACGAGUGGUUGCAGGUUCCACCCGAGAGCUUGGAAGUCAUCACAAAAGUCGUAGGAAUGCUACACACAGCUUCAUUGCUCGUCGACGACGUCGAGGACUCUUCACUACUGCGUAGAGGACUUCCUGUGGCCCACAGUAUCUUUGGAACGGCACAGACGAUCAACUCGGCCAACUAUGUGUACUUCGUUGCUCUGCAGGAGCUGCAGAAGCUGAAGAACCCAAAGGCGAUUACGAUCUAUACGGAGGAACUACUGAAUCUACACAGAGGGCAGGGAAUGGAUCUGUUCUGGAGGGACACAUUGACUUGUCCCAGCGAGGAUGAUUAUCUCGAGAUGGUGGGGAAUAAGACAGGUGGCUUGUUCAGACUAGCAGUAAAGCUCAUGCAAGCAGAGAGUAAAAGCUCCAAAGACUGCGUCCCCCUCGUCAACCUCAUCGGCAUAAUCUUCCAAAUCCGCGACGACUACCAGAACCUCUCGUCGCCCGAAUACUCCCAAAACAAGGGCCUCUGCGAGGAUCUCACCGAGGGCAAAUUCUCCUUCCCCAUCAUCCACAGCAUCCGCGCCAAGCCGGAGAACAUGGUGCUGCUCAACAUCCUGAAGCAGAAGACGGACGACGAGCAGGUCAAGCGCUAUGCCGUAUCGUACAUGGAGGGCACGGGCAGCUUUGAGUAUUGUAGGAAGGUGCUGGGGACGUUGACGGAGAGGGCGAGGGUUUUGGUAAAGGGGUUGGAUGGGGAGGGUGAGCUUGUGGGGGGAAGUGCGGGGGAGAAGAAUGGGAAUGGGAGUGGGAGUGGAAGUGGAAGUGGAGUGCUGAAGAUUCUGGAUAAGAUGGCUGUUUGA